AUGGCAUCCAACCCCCCACGCAUCACACCCAUACCAAUCCCUGUACCCGGCCAUGCACCAUCGCCUCAGUCGGCUCCCGCCACGUCGGCAACGAAGGUGCUGAAUUCAACCGCCGCCAACCGCAAUGCCUCACCAUCGUCGGUUUCCAGCGCAGGAGAGGACCCCGCGAGGAAGAUGAAGCGUACUAGUGCCAAGGUGAACGUCAAGCCCGGCGCAUUCCUGCAGGCGCCUCCGUGGGCAGCUUCACUUCUGAGCUCCAAGCCCUCCACUUCAACUUCGACCGGACCAUUAGUACCGCCAGUGCCCAACCUUGCCCCGCCAACUCAGGAUCACAGCAUGGUCCUGGACAGCCCGGAGCCCAUUCGUAUUGAGAGCGAUAUCCUGCCUCCAAAUCCUGAAGGCCCCGUGAAGUCGGAAUUCAGCCCCGAGGACACGCCAUUGGAGGAUGUAACACCUGCCAAGCCGUCGCUGUCGAUGAGCUCCCAGAUCCAGGCAUUGCAGCAGUCGUGGCAGGCUAAGUCGACUUCAGCGGAUUCUCAGGGAUCGGAGGAGGUUAUUAGACGGGUGUCAAGUGGUGCCUUCAAGGCCGGCUCUUAA